ACGAUGAGGCGGCGAUGGCCGGCUUGUUGGAGCGGGCGGGCGCGUGCCGGGGCGCGAGGGACGCAGCCGGACACACGCUAGCGCACUACCGAACGGCGCGCACUCUGCUCGCGUUGCCCGCUGCCGACAUGCCUUCCCGUCCAAACCAGCCAGGUUUGGUGAUAAAACGGCAUAACAUUAGAAUAUGGUGUCACGAAUGCGACAUGGGGCGCUUACAGCGCGUGGUGUGGGAGGGACAAGGCUCCAGGCUGCUGAGUGAGGUCUCCAGCCAGCCGAUUGUAAAAAAAUUCCUGGAAGCCGUACCUUAUAUGAUGAAUACAAUUCGAGACAUACACAACGCAGUUAUCCAGAACGAUUUAGAAGGUCUUAUUAAACUUACAAAUGAUCCCGUUCCUCCUCAAAUUCUGUCAAGCAAAGAUACAAAUAAUAUGACGGUAUGUCACAAAGCGGCAGGGUUAGGACACUGUGGAAUUUUGAAAUAUCUUAUCGAAAGGUAUCCUCAAAGUAUUAAUGAAAUAGACAACGACGGCAGAACACCUUUACAUUAUGCAGCAAUAGUAAAGGAUGAUCAGCAUACUUUUAAAACUCUAAGUGGUUUUGGAGCAGAUGAAGGAGCUUUGGAUAAUAAAAAUAAGACACCUGCCUACUAUAUAAACAGACCUCAAGAAAUUGAUAAGAAUCUCCUAAAAGUUUUACCCGAUGCUCCCAGAACACCAUCAAGUGCAUAUCCACCUUCAUGGGAUUGGAAAAUCUUAGACACUGAUUACACACCUGAUUUAAAUAAAAAACCGAAGAGAAAAAAUUUUAAAGCAUCGACUGAGAAUAUAUCUUCAAAAACACUAUCUAACACAUUAUCUGAAAAUACUGAAAAUAACACAAGUGCCAUGAAAAAUAGUAGUACUCAUGAAUUAAUAAGUAAUUUACCUGAAUUAAAUGAUAGUAAUGAAAAGACUCCAACAAUCGAAGAAAACACCGACGAACCAAAAGAAAGCACCCAAAAAAACCAAACAAAUAUUCAGGAAAGUAUUGAGGAAUAUAACAACUCUGAUCUAGAAAAUCAUAAUGAAGACGACACAAAUAAUGUUCUGGAAGAAAAUCCAAUUGGUGGAGAGAAUAUAAAGGAGGAAAAGGAAACUAUUGAAUCUGAUAGCGUGCCAGAUAAAAAUAUAUCUUACGAUCAUACACCAUUUGAAAGUAACGAUGAAUCUAGAAACAUAGGAGAUAUAGAAACAAAUACUGAAAAAGGUGAAGCUGAAAACACCACCGAGCAUACACUUGAAAAUGAACAAAAUAUAGAAAGUGUAGAAGAAAAAACAUCUUUUGAAUUUGCAGAAGAGUCCGGGCCUGGAAUUUAUACUGAAACAAAUAAAGCAAACUUUGAUGAAAAUUUAUCCGAUGAAAAUUGUAAUAAAGAUGAUAAAAAUGACGAAGGGCCCAACUCAGAAGCAGACGAUACAAACAAUGAUAAUGACAUAAACACAGGAAAUCAUGCAUAUACAAAUGAGGCUCAUGACAACAAUGAGCAAGAUGAUUCAGAUCAAGUUGAAAAUAAUCAUAACAAUUCUGAAACAGAUGAUCCAAUAAAUAACGAUAAUUCUAAUACUCAUGAUAUAAACGAUGACGCGAACGAUACAAAAUCUAUAGAAUCUAAAGACCAUGAAGAUAGUAAUAAAUUAAACGGUAUACAAAUACAUGAUUCCGAAGAAGAUGACGCGUCGUUUGCAGUUAAUGAAGGUAAAAUCAAAGUUGAUCACAGCGAAGACGACGAUGAUGUACAAGCACAAGGUGACACACAAACCGAACACAAUGACAUACACAUUAUUGCAAAGGAAACACAAAAAACUGGAAGUGCUGUUAGGAGUGACAGGGUCUCGUCUGGCACAUCACAUGCAAAAGGCAACACCAACGGUCGCAAUACCCAAGAAAGCCUCAUUGAAGGUAUUGUGAGUAGCGAAGCUGAAAAAGACUCACAAGACGCAAGUGUAAUUUUAAAAGGAAACGGAGAUCUCAUUACCGUCGUAAGUAUUCUUAUUGGAGAUAAUCAAAUAGACCCCGAAGUAACCGAAUUAAUUAAUACGGGGAAUAUGGAAAUGCUAGCGACAUUAGUGCUGAAUGGUGAGGGAUCCCGACUUAUCGGAAGAUAUUCGGAUAAUUUGGAAAUUCAAGCAUUUCUAGAAAAUGUUCCGGUUUACAUGCAAAAGAUAAACAAAGUGCAUUUAGCUGCCAAAACUGGAAAUAUAAGGGAACUUCAAGCGGCCUUAGAUAGACGAAAAUUUGCAAUCGCUCGAGAUCCGAUAUCUGCAAAUGGCGCUACGCCUCUACACGUUGCAACGGUUUAUGGAAAAACAAAUAUUAUUAAAUAUUUAGGAGGACGAUUUCCAGAGACUCUAUCUGCGGUCGAUUUUGAGGGUCGAACGGCUUUACACUACGCAGCUGUUUUACCGGACAAUGGUCAUUAUUACAAUUUACUACAACAACUUGGCGCUAAUUCGAAGGAUUUGGAUGAUAAUGGACAAUCUGCAGAUGAUUAUUAUAAAAAUCCAAAUUUGCUACCAUUUAAUCACCUUUUGACUGAUUUUGGUAUCAGUGAAGAAGAAAUAAAAGAAAUGUUUUCUGAUAAAGACGCGAGUCACGCAGCGAACGGCCAAUUGGACAUUCCCAUCUUUCACACCGAAGAAGGCAGAUACCUCGCUAAGUCUCUCGGCGAUCCUUUGAUCAAAGGUCUGACCGAAGUGGCUAACGUGAAACCGAAAGAUCCAAUCGCGUUCCUAGCGUCAUUCCUUCAUAAUUUCCCCGAUCACGACAAGCCUCGAUUAGGUACGCCGCAGGAAUCAAACACGCUGCUAACAAAAGGUCUUCCUGAAUUCGAGAACGACUAUCCCCCUCCAAACGACGACACGUCGAACUCUAGGAUGGGCACGAAGCCCUUGGACGCAGUUCGCAGUGCGGCGCGGACGACCACUCGGCCCACGCGGCCCAUCGACGUGAUCACCGUGGAGCCGCUGCAGGAGCCCAGCCCCGACGCGCCCGAAGCCGCGCUCUCCAGCGCCGACCGGGACGAACACGGCCAAUCGAUGCUACACUUCGCGGCAGCUCGACCCCACACAAACAAUGCUCUGUUUCAAUUGCUACAAGAAACAGAAGUAAGCAUUGGAUAUCGGGAUGAGUUGUACCGAACGGCAAGAGAUAUCUCCAUACAAGCCAACGUUUUGGAGAAUACAGCUGAAAUUGAUCGCUUUGUCCUUCAUUUAGCAGCUAGAGGCAACAGUGACAAAAUAAUGGAAUUAUUAUUGCAAGGAUAUGAUCACAUAUUGGACGUUGUGGACGAAGACGGUGUUCCAAUCAACGAAGUUAUAUCACAGCGGGGGGAUAGUGAUAUGGCCAACUUACUCGGAUCAAUUCCUGCAUUCGAGGAAUCGCGGGAGCGCCUCCACGGGGCGGCGAGGCGCGGGGACUUGUCGCUGGUGCGCGAGAUCCUCUCCCGCGAGGGAGGCGCGACGCUGGCUCGCGCACAGAACUCCUUCGGGAGGAGUUCGUUGCACGUCGCCGUUCUCGCUCAGCAUGAGGACGUCGUCGCCUACUUGGCGGAGACGUUUCCCAAUUUGCUGAAGACUGGGGAUAAUCUGGAAAGAACAGCUUUACAUUAUGCAAUGGGUGUAGACAAAAUGGAAUCACUCAGUCGCAUUCUCACUAGAGCAGGCGCCAAACGUGUCCUCAAAGACCUAAAAGGAAGACAACCGACCUACUACUUCAUGAACAAAUCCGAUAUACUAAGACUUAAGGAGGAAGAAGAAAUGUAUUAGGAAAUUGAAACAUUUUUUACAUCAAUAAUAAUCGUCGCAUAUUUUUUCGUAACGAACUGAAUCAACUCAUCAUUCUUUGUAUUGGUCAACUUCGUUAUUAUGUUCCAUGAUUUAAAAAAUAUGAAUUGCAAGAAAUAAUUUCUGGAACAUUUGUUUAUUGUUAUAUAAGAUAUGGAAAGUUCAUAAAAAUAGAUAUUUUGUUUUAACAUAAACCCUGCAAAAUUAUUUUAUUGCUCUAUCGUAAAUGAAACUAGAAGGGAAUUGUUAAGCGACCGUCGUAGAAAUGCUUGUUAUUAAUAAAACCGAUAUUUUAUAAAAUACCUAGAAGUAGUUGCACUAAAUGUUUGCUUAAUUCUUUCGUUUUCAGCCAUAACAUAGAUUUUAACAUUAUAAUAUAGGGAAAUAUAAUUAUUUAAAAAAUCUAUCAUAAGUAAACGCAACAAAAAAAUCGUAAAUCGUAAUUUUUACGUAGUUAUGAGAUAUUAAAAUGUGUACUUGAAGGGACCCUGUUAUGAUUGAUAGAUUAGAUGCAUAGUAGUAUAAGAAUAUAAUAUUAAUAAAACGUU